GAUACAAUUGCGGCAUAGAACCGACAGCUGUCAUCAAUUUUCCCGACGUCUGUCCGCUUGAUGCGAGUGUUGUCCGGGGAUAUUAUAAAUAUUUGGACACUCGACCGGAGACCGCUCACUUGCCACCAUGGACUUCUUUGCGACGGGCGGAUUCCAGCAGCUCUACAGCGAUCUGGAUGAGGAGCCGCUGGCCGGCGGCGAUGCUCUAUUGAAUCAUGCCAGUGUGGCGGACUUCGAGUGCUCCUACGUGGCAGGUGGCUUUCCCAGCGACAGCCACCACCUGGAGGAACCGGAUUACUGCGGCAUCAUCACCCUGGACAGCAACAACAACAACAACAAUAAUAAUAAUUAUAACAGCAGUGGAAGUGGAGUAAUGACGGAUCUCUCGUACGCAGAGAAUCCCUCCCUGUUCAUCGACUUCAACGAGCUGGCCGUCUGUCCACCGGACUUGAGUGACUGGGAGCAGCGGCUGCUGGACAACUUCGUGGAGAUCCCGGAACUGGUGGACUUCCUGCCAGAACGGACGCCCCUCUGCACGGACAACUGUGCGGAUUUCCUGGAGGAAAGCAACAGCAAUCUCCGUCUGGCGGGGCCGCCGCCCGAGAUCCUCGCUCCCGACAGGUCGCCAGCCACCAGUGUGGAUAACUCUACGCCUGCCCAGCCAGACUCCAGUCCUACGCUCCAGAUGAGCGAGAAUGCCGCCGGCGAAAGGGGCUACCUGUGCACCUUCGGCAACUGCGACAAGAUCUACGCCAAGCCCGCCCAUCUGAAGGCCCACCUGCGGCGGCAUCUCGGCGAGAAGCCCUACGUUUGCAGCUGGCCGGACUGCGUCUGGCGGUUCUCCAGAUCCGAUGAGCUGGCCCGCCACAAGCGCUCCCAUUCCGGGGUGAAGCCGUACAAGUGCGACUACUGCGCCAAGUGCUUCGCCCGAUCGGACCACCUCACCAAGCACCGGAAGGUCCACGAGAGGCGACUCCUGGCCGCCAGCAGAGCGGGCAGGAUCCUCUCCGACGACCUCUAUGCCGUGCGACCAGGUCGCAAGCGCAGAAACCAGCUUUAGUCGCCAUUCCAGCUUCUAAUCUCUGAAUACUUCUAUUGUUUACUUAGAAUACGCUGUAUGUCCAUCUAACAUAUCCACUUAUAUUUUAGUUAAUUAUAAAUGAUUAGUUAA